UUUUUGGUUUCGUUUGCUGGGUAGGCUCUCUUCUUGUGCUCGCUUUCGUUCCUCGAUCUCGUCAUGACCGACUCGACCGAGAGUACUGCGGCUUUGGCGUCGUUGCAGUUAAUUUUAGGUCUAUUAGAAAGCAGUGACAGCAGUGACAGCGAAAGCAGCGACAGCGACGAAGACGACGGAGAUACAAGCUCCUCCAGCUCGAGUGACGACGAGGCAGCCGUUCUCGGCGAAGUGUUCGCCGAGACGUUCGCCUUGCCAGCGAAGAGGCCCAAGAUAACCCGUUAUGUCGAAGACGUCUUGCGCGCCUAUUCGGAUGAAGAGUUCCGACGCAACUUUCGCCUCCAACGGGAGCCCGCCUACGCGGUGAUCGAGAGGUACGAGCGGUCUGCAUAUUACAGGGGAUCGAUUCACGGAGGGUCCAACCCGAAAACCGCCGAAGUUUGCAUCCUCUCUUUUCUCUGGUAUGCUGGCAACAAAACCUGCAUUCGAGAUGUUGCAGGCCGCUUUGACAUGGGGGAAAGCACCCUUUCCCGCAUCCUGAAUCGUGUGGCUGAGUUCCUGUGCAGCAUUGCUCCAGAUGAGAUCCGCUUUCCCGACGAUGUGGCAGCCCUUGCCAAGGAUUUUGAGGAGGUUUCAGGCUUUCCUGGGGUCGUGGGCAAUUGCGUCGACGGCAGCUACAUCGGCAUCCGGUGCCCUGACAACAAGUGUUCAUGGUGUCCAGCACUCGCUCCAGCAUGCCAAGAAGAUUCUGGUGCCGCUCUUGACGCUAUUUUGCACGAUCCUCUCUCUUCUUUUCCCGCUCGUCUCUACGCUGAUCGCGCUCCACACGUCUUUCCUCCUUGCAGGCCUCCUCAGAUGUCAACCGACGAAAUCGCGAAGCCGCAGCAAACAGUGGCGGGCAUCGCUACUUCGGUAAUGGCGCUCACCACCCGCAUCCCUCCCUUGGCCACGGAGGAGGUCGAACCCCAAAACAGUAAACGGAGUGACACGCCCAACCCGGACCCUUUAGGGUCCGCUGAGGAGCCCCACUCCUGGCUGGGGACAGCGACAGAGGGCAGACCCCGGGAGGUGGACCCUGCCGUCCUGCACUUCCUCCAUGCAGGGCAGCUCUGA